AUGCUUACUAAUUUUCAUGGUCUCCGCUUUUUGGUAUGACUUUUCCAUUUUUCUCAAUAUUUUUUUUUCGUUUUUUGGAUUUUUAGAAAAGAGGCUAUUAUUAAAUUUCAAGCAGAGCUGAUUUUUUUCAAAUUUUGUGAUGAAAUUCCUCGAUUUCAGGUUGAAGGAAAGUAUACUUGCUUUGAACUACACAAACUUCUGAAAUUUAGCCAAGAGGAACUUUUUAUAUUAACAGAAGAUUGUAAAAGUCAUACAUUAGAUCUUGAAAAACGGGAAGUUUUUAAGGUCUUAACUUCUUAGAAACUUUUUCGUUGAAAUAUAUCAAAGAAUGUUUCAGCCAAUAAGAACCUCUUCUCAAUGUUUGUGUCAAUCUUUCCACGAAUUGUUCAGAUUCUCCUCAUCGCCACGCUAUGCCUAACUUCAGUUUUAUCCAACAUGAACACCUACAACUUCACCAAAAUUUGCAUCGACACCAGAUCUUCACAUGGUUUUUCAAUUCCUUCAGAACCUUGAAAGACCCAAUUUUUCGAGGCAACUUCACGAAAAGCCAAAAAAGUUGGCUGCAGUCUUCGGUGGCCAUCGGGAGCCUCGCCGCCUCGAUUCCUUACACUUUUGCUUUUCAAAAGUUCAGUCAUAAAUACUCUUUUCUGUCCGCUGGCGCCAUUUCAUGCGGUAAUCAUAAAGGAGAUUUUUCAACUCAUUGAACUUUCAUUUGAGUUUCAACGGCUCUGGUUCCUUGGAUGGACUCGCUGGGAUACGGCUGGUUCUUCACCGCUCGAAUUUUUCAAGUGAAAUUUUGAAUUUCAUAACUUAAAAAUCAAGAAAGGAACAAGUUUGCGGAGAAAACUAGAAUAAAUGAGAUCUUUAUCCGUUUCAAAAGUUUCAGAAGAACUAUUUUUCAAUUUUAGCCGUAAUUUGUCAAGCACUUUUCAUGUUGGCUUUUGUUCAAGUUUUUGGUAUUUUUUCAAAUUGACUUCGAAAAUUUAGUUGUUUUUUUAGCAAGGUCGAACCCUCAUUCAAAAGAUCAGUGAACGGUCAAGAAAGUAAUUUUGAUGAGAUAAGUGGAAAUUCCUGCAAAAAGAUGAGGUCAGAUCGUUUUUACAUCAGCCGGAGCCUUUUUUUUGGUUUUUCUCAUGGUUAUUAAAUCAAAAUCGAGUAAAAAUUGAAGGGAAAGUGGUAAGACAUUUUGAAAUAUUAUAAAUAGAAUCUAGAGUCUCUAAUAUAUUUUCUAACUUUUUGAGGGAAAUGAGUAGACUUGUAACCGUAAAAAAAUAUAUUUAUAUUUUCGAAAAUGUCGAUUUUAGCUUUACUAAGACAUUAAUUUACGGAGGUUCUAAAGAUUUCGCAAUCUGUUAUGAAAAAAACUCAAUAGAAAACAUUUGUUUUUUUGUAACUUCAGCGAUUUCUUUUUUUCAAUUGGUGAACCUGAAGACCGUACAUACAAGCGCUCGUAGAAAAAACAAAACUCGAUUUGUUGAGGGAGUCGCAUUUUCGGCAACUUUUCCCUUGAUCGGUUCAAUAACGGCUCGAUGGGCCUCUUUGAGAGAACACGGAGUUUUUAUCGCUUUCCUGACUGGAAAUACUCAGCUCAGUAACAUCUUCACCAUGCCGGUCUCAGGUCCUUGCAUAUUUUCUCUUAUAUUCAUAUUUUCCUGUUCGCAGGCUGGCUGUGUACAUCCUCGUGGGGCUGGCCGGCGGUUUACUACGUCCAUUCCGUUCUCGGACUUUUGGUUUUCUUUUUUUUCGCGUUGAUUUACACGGACGAUCCCGAGCAUCACUUCCUUGUCACCAAAAAGGAGAUAGCGAUUAUUGAGGCCGAUAAAGAAGUUAGUUUUUUUUUUUUUUGGAAAGAACUUCUGAAUAUACAAAGAUUUGUGACGGAUAAUUUCGAAAUUGGGUUCUAGAAGGGAACGAAAAGAAUAUUGAAAAAAAAAACUUCCUGAGGCUCUUAAAGGAGCAUAGAUAUAUUUCAACAAGUUCACGAGUGAAAAGUCUUCUGUGCUGUUCUGGGCGUUAAAGACUUCCAAGAUUUUAAGAAAAAAAUAAUUUCAAUUCAACGGUCUUUGAACAGGCAGCUCAAUUUUUUUAGAGUAUGGAACCUUUAAAAAAACACAAAAAAAUUUGAUAUUGAAAAUGUAUAUUUUAUCCAUGAUGAUUAGGCGAUGGCUUUCUAACAAACAAAGUUUUCAAUUUUUUUUUCGGUUUUUUACGCUUUCUUAUAAGAAGUCUUAUGCCCCUUACCAGUUAGAAACGAUUUUAUUUAUUGCCAAAUUAAUAAACUGAUAUUGAUAAAUCAUCAGAGCUGAUUCAAGCUUUAAAAAACCGUUGAAACUUUAAGGAAACAGUUGAAGUUUCAUUAGACGUUCCUUACCGGAGUAUAUUCGGAUCUUUAACUCUUUGGGCAGUCUGGAUCGCGGCUUUCGGCGAUUUGAUCGCAGUUCAGCUUGUUUCCAUGUUCAAUCCGCAAUACAUGAAAGAUUACCUUCACUAUGACGUUUUGUCGACAGGUUAGAAAUUACAAGAAGGUUAUUUUACUUUGCGGUUUCCCUGAAAAUCGGGAAGAUUGCUCUUUGAAGUUUCAACCUGUACAACUUUCUAUUUUUCGAGAAACGACAGCUCGAAAUCUCGAAAUGUUGUUUUCCUUUCGCCUUUGUGCCAUUUGAGGGGCCAAUUAGAUGAGAAUAGGUUCUGAUAUCAGUGAUAAGCAGUGGACUGGCUCUAGUGACAUAUCUGUGUGGGACAGCUGCGGAUUCAGGAAGCCGUGGUUUCCGACUCCUAAGACUUCUCAAACCACUCGAUUGUGUCGCGACAGGGAUCGAACUUUUGACCCUGUAUAACGUAGAUAGGCACACAUCUUGUUGCGCUACGGCGCGCCAAGUCUACUUUUUACAGAUUUUGAAUUUUUUUUUUCCUUCAAGAGCUUUUUUCUCGAAGAGUAGGUAGAUGUGCAAGUUGAGACGGAGCAGUUUUUCAACAAUACCUGAAAGGGGGGGGUUUCGAACCGCAAAGUAAGAUGGUUUUCCUGAUCACUUCAACUAACAAAAAAAAAAACGAAAAAAGUCAAUUUUUUAGGCUUCCUGGCAGCGCUUCCGAUCAUCGUGCAAUUCGCGGUGAAGCUGACGGCCGGCGUCACGAGUGACGUCAUCAAGUGAGAAGCGCCGUUGCGAUUCCAUUCCCAACGACCCGAGUGAAAUGGCAGAUGCGUCAGCGAAACCGCCAAAGUCCGAAUCUACAAUUCGAUCGCCCUGGCCGCCUCGGCCUUGUUCUUCAUCGCUUUGGCCUUCAUUCCGCAACGGCAGCACCUUCUCGCCAUCAUUUUCUUGGUUCGGAGAUCAAGCCCGAAAGUGUGACGUCAUGUGAUGAGACUAAUUGAAGUGGAAUUUGGAAGGAAGAGAUUUUUAUAAGGGAAAAUAUCGGAAGCUGAUGUUUUUCGACGCUACCGUGUUCAAGGACUGUUUCAAUGAAAGCCCAGGAAUGCUUUCAAACAUAAUAAAAAGUUUACUGGAGGUUUAAAACUGAAGAAUUUAUCAGGAAUUUUUUUUUCAAUAUUGUGUUUUUGACCUGAUAUCAGUGUGGCCGGGCUUAAAAAUCUCAAACAAGCCUUGUUGAAGUAAUUGAAAAAAAUAUUAAACUUUUUUUCUCACUCCAAACAUUUUUUUAUUUCAUUUUAAUGAGCAUUGACGAACGGAAAAAUUCUCGAGACGAAGAGCCGGUUUUAUUAUCAUUUUAAGGUCUUUAGUGAUUCUUACGCCUUUGACUUAGAAAAAAAGUUUCUGCCUUAUAUUCUGAAGGAAAUAAAAUAUUCAAAAAAAGAAAAAUCUAACAGAAAGUUUUUUUUGUCUGGAUUCGUUUUUUUGAAAUUUUUUUAAAAAUUUUUUUCUUUAAACCUCAAUUAUUAAAAAAACAAUACAUAAAUCAAGUUGAUUGAAACAUUAAGGUAGCCCAAGAAAUUGAUUUCCUUUUUUCAGGAUCCUUCUUCUAAAUUCUGUGAAAGUUUAGAACUAAGCUUAAUGUCUUCCAACAAGCUAGCAACCUUGUUUUUUUUCUGGGAGAUUAAUUUGAUUAUUUGGAAAAAUUCUUUUAUGAAUGCUUUUAAAGUUUGGAAACCCUUGAACUGGAAGAAUUAAUGCCCAGCUCUGAUUAGGUGAUCGCUGAAAGUCUUCUCGGCUUCAACACGGCCGGUUUCAACAAAUGCGCGACCCUCCAUUCGCGACAAUACGGUCAUUUUGUCAUGACUCAGGUGUCUGACAUCAUCAUCGUUCCUUGAUCAGGCUGAUCUUUCAGAUCAUGAACAUCUGGGCGGUGACCAUCCUCGUCGAGCCGUUCAUCGUCAACAACAUUGUUAAGGAGAAUACGUAUGUUCGAAGGAAUAUUUGGAAAAAGUUGUUAUAAGGAUCUCCAACUUUUUUUUGUCUUUUAAAAAUGUUGGAAAAAUUAAUCUUUUUGAAUUUUUUUAAGAGCUUCUUUUCCAAGAGCUUUUAUUAGUUCCUUAGCCCCAAUCUCUUUUUUUAAAGAUAUUUUUUUUAGCUCAGGACGUAGUUUUGUCGUAAAUGAUGAGAAAAAAGUUGAAAUAAUAAAUUUCUUUCCAAAGCAACAAAAGGCCGGCCAAAGGAUCUUUUAUCAAUUCCGUUUAUUUAUUUAUUUAAAAUAAAUGAAUGAAUAAAUUCCGUUUUGAAACACUUGUACCUCCUUUAGAACUCCGCUCUAAAAGCCUCAUUUCUCCUUUUCAGAUACGAAGAUUGGCGCAACUGUUUCCUGGUGCACGCAGCUCUGCUUCUGGUGGUGAACGUCGUGUUCUGCGUGUUCGCCGACGCGACUCCCGCGUCGUGGACCGCCGUCCGCGAGACGACUCGCUGCUGA